AUGUCCGCCGCCCCUCCCCCUCCCCCGCCGCCUCUAGCCACCGCCGCCAGAUCCUCACCCACCUUAUCUAAGAACCUCAGUUCCAUCGGCCUCGGCUACGCAAUCGCAAUCGCCCUCGGCUUCCUCGUGCUCUUCUCCUCCGUCCUUCUCGCCUCCUACAUAUGCUGUCGCUCCGCAGCCUCGCGCCGCCGACGCCGCCGAAAUCCGGAUCCCGAUCGACCCGGGGAGAGCAGCGUGUACCUCCCGCGGAUAAUCUUCGUGGCAGAGGACGAUGAGGAAAACGGCGGCGGAGCCGCCGCCGUCGGCCUGGAUCCGGCUGUAAUCAACUCGUACCCGAAGUUCGUGUUCACGAGGAAGGGCGGCGCGUGCGACUCGGUGUGCUCGAUCUGCCUGUGCGAGUACAGGGAAGGGGAGAUGCUGAGGAUGCUUCCCGACUGCCGGCACAGUUUCCACGUGAUGUGCGUGGACGCGUGGCUGAAGCUCAACGCGUCGUGCCCGGUGUGCCGGAGCUCUCCACUGCCGACGCCGCUGUCGACGCCGCUGCAGGAGGUGGUCCCGCUGUCGCAGUACUCAGACGGGCGGAGGAGGCAGUGA